CUGACAAAAAGGAUGACAUUUCCGUCAUCAGUCAGAAGAAAAGCCUGAAAAAACGAAAAACGAUUGUUCAUUUUCACUAUCGUUUGCACAAGUUUCUGCAGAAAAUGUCAACCUGCUAAAUCGAACCGGAAUGGCAACGUCAAACAUUAGCGCAACAAAAUCGAGCAAAGCGCUGAAAGGUAGCGGAUCGUCCACUGCUUCGGGUGGAUCAUCUAUCCUUCAGAAUCAGCAGGACCACGAUGGCAGUGAAAAUCAAUACUUUUACGAGGAUGAAAUUUUCUGUCUGGACGGAAGGGGCCGGGUGCGAUUCGGGCUAGUGCUGGAAAACUUCGAGGUUAGCGAAGAGGAAGGCUUCGAGGAGGAUACACUGAAGAAGGGAGAAAUACGAGCCUGUUGGCAUCCGGAUGGGCUGGAGGAAAUCAUCAAGCAGAGUAAGGUUGGUUUGGCCGAUAGAACACUGAUGCCGGGAGAUGUUGUGAGACGGAUGAUUCCUGGCAAAGAUACACAACGCGGGUAUUGUCACGAAAUUUUUGUUAAAGCAGAUGUCAAAGUCGUUGGAACCAAGUAUGUGGUUAGAAAUGUUUGUUCUGAUCGGCUGCGACCCCUCAUGUGCAUGCCUAAGGAUAAUGCAGUUUGCAUGGAUUCUUGGGUGGGAAGCACCAGGAAUGUAGCAGAGAAACUAGUUAUGAAAUCCCCAUGUGGUUCUCUAGUGGAAACUGGGCCCGAAUUCGAUUAUUGUGCGCUGAAAGAUCCGGAGUGUCGAUCUCGUUGCGGAUAUUUUGCCAGUGCUCUAUUCUACCCCGGUCAAACAUUGAUAGUACCUCUUGGUGAAAUAGAAAAUUCCAAAUGGAUCAAAACGUCCGCGGAAAUGAAACGCUCAAUGAAACGUAAGAUCGCGGAUGUUAAAUUUACAGUUCAAAACGUUGAACUGGAAGGAGUAUGGGUGCACUGGCAAUGUAAAGCGUCAUGCGAAAAUUUGGAGGCUGAACUGCAGGAAGGUGGCAUCCAACAGCCGCCUGAUUACAUUACCGGAGAAAAUCUCAAACGACUGAAAAAACUGAAUCUUUUCGAAUCUUGUAUGUUGCAAAUCAAUGAUAAGAAUUAUCUCAAAAUUGAGGAAGAAGACGUAAUCUGCCGCAAAAGCCAGUGGAGAAGGGAGCUCAGUUCGAAGUAUCGAAAAAUGUUAAAAAGAGACGAUGAGGAGUCUGAAAAAGUUAUCUGUGAUAAUGAAAAACACAAGAUUACCGUUACCGGUUCUGAAAAUGAGGAAAACAUCAGAGAAAAAUUAGAAACUGAUCGUGCAAAGUUGUGCCCAAUGGCCGGAAAGGAUAAUGUGAAAACAAGCAAAUUGCGAAGAAAUUCGCCAAGGCGUUUGAAUAGCAAUCAGUCAUCAACGACAAUAUGUAAAUUAGCCGAAAGUGACGAAUGGCAAACGGAUCCAGAGGAUGAAGAAGAUGAUCCUGAUGGUUGUGAUUCGGCUGUUUCCGAUGGGGGAGGCAGUCAAAUUUCCUCGUCUUGUUCGAGCACUGUUACUCCGAGAGGCAGCCCCAAAAAAUCGCCUUUACUUGCGAAAAAGUUACGCAAACGCAGAAAGAAAUCUGCAUCGACCAACAGUAAUGCAGAACGAGCUCUUGCUGCUGGUGAUGAAGUGAUAACGGAGACCCUUGUUGUGUACAGCAGUGCUACGGUGGUUUGGCAGGAUGGUUCUAUUGAAACCAACAUUCCGUCCACAGAUCUGUGUCCAAUCCAUCAUUUGGACGAUCAUGAGUUCUUUCCGGGAGAUUUCGUAUUGGCGGGUAAUACAGAUCCUUUGCACAAUCCCUCAUUUAGAGAUUAUGGAGUGAUUCAGAAUGUCGAUCAUCAUGGCCGAACGGCAAAAGUCAAGUGGUUCAGUACGUACACCUGUACGGAUGAGCCGCAACCAACGUACAAUGGUGAAUCGGAGGUCAGUGUGUACGAUUUGAAGGAUCAUCCGGAUUUCCAAUAUCGACCGGGAACUAUCGUCAUACGGGUGGCCAACUUUAAUGGAGACGAUUCUAAUUGCAGUGCGGGCCAAGUUAUCGAUAAUUUCCCCAACGGAAUGGUGAAAGUUUGGUGGGUCAAUGGUCACGUUAGCAUGUGCUGGCCGCAAGAUAUUUUCGAAGUUGGUCAGUAUGACUCGGAAAACAAUUUCUGGGGCAACGACUCCGACAACAACUCGUGGGAAACGGAAGACGAGACAUCAGAACUGGGCGGAGUUUCUCCUCAGCACGUCUGUAAACCAAAGCUCACAGCAAAUUUAGAGCGAGCUCGAGUUGCCAUGGCCAGAUUGGAAGAAAUGUUCAUUAUAAAUCCUCAUCUGCAAAAUCAAGAAAUAAUGAAAAAAUUGCUUUUGGUUUACAAAAAAUGCCGAUAUUUAGAUCGCCUAAUGGACACAAGUUUCUUCCAUGAGCGACACUUUAUGGGCCUGGUUGAACGUGUUCGCAAAUCCAAUAAUCAAACUACAGCAGAACGAGUUCAGGAUCAAAAAAAUCGACUGUUCAAUCAAAACGGUUCAAAAGGCACAACACCCACGGCAGAAACUCCCGGUUCGGAUCAAAAGCUUCUACUCCAUAGCAAUAACAGCCUAUCGUCCAAUGAAGGUGCUAGCGCAGGUUCGGCUUCUAGAAAGUUACCCUGUCCACACAAUCCAUCCAAUUUGAGUACGACAAACUCAUUUAAAUUAAUCUCAACUAAUAAUCAGUCCACUUCAUCGGACAUUUCCAGUAUUGAUGAACAUCAUGUGGCAAUUUUCAAUACCAGCUCAUCAAGGUCUACAGCGGAAGCAGCAGGUGAUGAUUCUGGAAACUUUUCAGCUAAAAGUGAUGUCACAGCCGCCCAUGAUAAUAAGAGCAAUAUGAACCAGAGCGGUAAUGACUCAUUGUUGAACACUGAGCUGGACAAUGUCAACAACCUGUACAUGAACAUUAGCGAGGACAUGAAUUCUACGAGUUCGGUUUUCAGUUUCUCGCCCCAGGCUGAAAAUGUUUCUGCAAAACUGUGUUCACUUAUCAAAGCGCAAUUGGUAAAGGCUCUCCAAGAGAUCAAUCUUCGGUACAGUCAAGCGGAUCUGUUCAAAGAAAUAAUAAUCGAAGAAACUCAACUGACGCCUCCACCAUUUAACGCUGAAAUAGUUGCUUCUACACCAUCUCAGUUGAAUUCUUCACCUAACACCCCGAACGCGAAUCAGGAUCAUCAAAAUGUUACCGGUGAUGAAGUUGCUGCUGCUCCUACCGCGAGCACAGAGUUCAGCUUUGUUGAAUGUUUUCAAGUCCUCGAUUCAGCGCCAUGUACCCACAAGUACCACCUGACAGUAUUUCAAACUAACAACGCACAAAGUUUCUACAAAGCCGUCCAGCGAGAGCAUAGAUUGUUAAGAACCGCGCUUCCCCCGGGAGUUUGGGUGCGAACAUUCGAAGACCGGUUGGAUUUGCUCAGUGUUAUGAUCGAAGGUCCGAAAAAGACACCCUAUGAAGAUGGAUUAUUUCUGUUCGAUGUACAACUGGGUCAAGAUUACCCGAAUGCUCCUCCUCUGUGCCACUAUAUCAGCUAUUGUUCCGAUCGAUUGAAUCCCAAUCUUUAUGAGGACGGUAAAGUGUGUGUAUCGUUACUAGGAACAUGGUCCGGUCGGGGCACGGAAAUGUGGGGUCCGAACAGUACACUACUUCAGGUUAUAGUCUCAAUCCAGGGUUUGAUUCUCGUUGACCAACCCUAUUUCAACGAAGCGGGAUAUGAGAAACAGAAAGGUUCUCAACAAGGAAAGGAAAAUUCCAGGAUGUAUAAUGAAAUGGUGCUCCUCAAACUAGUUCAGUCGAUGGCAAAACUCAUCAGCAAUCCACCAAAAAUAUUCCAUGAGCAAAUCCUGAUACACUUCAAAACGCGGGGUUUGGCCAUGCACCAGCGUAUCAAAAGUUGGAUGGAUCUUUCGAAUGAAGUAAACCGUGCAGCGAUUGUUGAUGCUGAACCUCCAAGCGAGACACCUAAUAAAGUUACUUCCCCAUCCACCUCGUUAACUGCGUCCAAUGCUGUACAGGAAUUGAAUCCAGUAAUUCAGCCUGAUUUCCCGCUCAUUCCAGCAAGUCGUGGCUUCUGCCUCACAUUGGUGGGUCUAUUGGAGAAUUUUCAGAAGACACUUCUAACCAUCAGUAGCGAAUAACCCCGGGAUAUGGCAUCCCUACCCACCGUUGUAGUUGGCUAGCGCCAAUCUCAUCAUUUGUUUACGAUAUUCUAUUAUUAGCUGCUCUCGUACGUUGUUCUGUUAUUUUUCAUAUAGCAUUAUUUAAUAAAUUUUGGUUAGGGUGACAUAACCCGUUAUGUUAUAAGGCUAGUUACAAAAAAAUGACCUGAAGGUUACUAUGAAUGCAAUUAAUUUAUCCACAUCGUUUAUCAACCAAAUAACUGCGAUAAUAACGUCGUCUGCACGAAUGGCCUUGGCACCAGUGAUUGAGUGAUUAAGGAAAAUUCUAAUUACAAAUUGCUGUUGUGACUAAUUUAGCUAUACCAUUACCAUUUUUCUCAAAGAUGAUUCCUUCCAAUUGAAAUCUUUGAAAAACGUCUUAGGCCGAAAAGAGUUUAGCAUUUCCUUUGAUAUUAUUUGAAAGGUUUUCUAUGCCUGUCAUUGCAUGAGUAUGUAUUUUGUGUGGCAAAUACAAUUGGUACACUAUGCCCGAGAUAUGCACCCCUAUUCUCGUUUACGGAUGAACGAAACUUUCGAACGAAUGCAGUUCGUACGAAUCGUUUCCUCAUUUGAUUUUGCGGCAUAAACGAGAAUGCGCAUCAGCUUUCGUUCAAAAGCGCGUUCGUACGUAACCAAGAAUAAGGGUGAUGGAGUCGAGAAUCCCGAAAACAUCCUAGACCGAAACGAGAAUCGAACUCGCCAUCUCCGGAUUGGAAAUCCUACGUCUUUGCUCGCAAGGCAUACUGGAGCCCCUACACUAAGGAUACUGGUCGUAAGAUUUUCAUAUGACAAAACUUAUGAGAAUGUUUCAUAAGAAUUGAACUAUGAAAAUCUUAAGAUCUUAUUUCGGUCAAAUCUGUCUUUUCAUUGAAUAUC